AUCAUAUAUCAUCAUCAUCACCAUCUCUUUUUGUUUGUCCCUUCUUUGAACCACCACUUGCUAAUACCUACUGGCUACAUACAGCUACUUCUCCCUUUUCUAUAAAUUACUGUUUUUUCACUUAUACUCUCAGCACUACUAGGUUUGGGAAGGUUCAAAAGAAGACCUAGCUAGGGUUUUCAGAAACUCACAAAAAUCUAAGCUGGUGAAAUCUCAAUUAAGAUCCAUUAACUUUCAGCCUUUGUCUCUCUCUCUCUCCUGGUAGCUUCUUCUUGACAAGACCCAUCAGUGGUCUUGCUUGUACAGUAAAGCUUGCUUCGUUCUGCGAAGUUUCAAACAUAUCACUCAGCAUCCGAACCUUGUAAGUUAAUUCAUACAUACAUGUAUAUACUUACAUUAUUUAACAUUCUACUUCACUGCUUAUACAGUUAUAAAUACAUGCAAAUACCAUUUCAAACUAAAGUACAUAGGAGGCUGUCUUAGUUGGUCACAUUUGUCUUGUUGUCGAUGGCCCAUUAUGACCAGUAAGUGCAUGUGCUUGAAACUAUAUUCCAUGCCUGUGUUUUCUUCUGUAGAAUCAACUGAACCCAAACCUGCUUUUUAUAAGUGUGUGGCCCUUUAGUGUUUCAAUCAUAUAUCUAUGAAGCGAGACUGAAAUAGAUAGAUAUAGAAGGAGAUUCUUUCAGUCCAGUCAUGGAUAGAACAAGAAGAGGGUAGAAACAUCUGCCGACUCAUCCAUCCAAACACUUCUGGUAAAAAGAAAAGAGAUUUUAUACCACAGUGGCUGUGUGAAUGAUGCGGGAGAUGUUUUCAUCUCUCUUUAUCUGUGUUUGGACUGAAGGGAGCUCCUUCUUAAUUUACAUGUUUCAAAUUUUCUCAUGAUCUUUUAAUUUAUCAAAACAGAUUUGUAUUUUAGGACGUUGAUCACAAGUUCAAAAAUGACAAUGAAUUGGAUAGAGAUUCACAUUCUUUUACCUCUUUCUAAUGAAUUUAAUAUAUAACCCGGUGAUUUAGUAUUUGAUGUCAAACAAUCUAGCAACUAUUCCCUAGCUAGUGUUGUAUUUAAAGGUAUAGUCAAAUUUACAAGUAGCCAAUUUCUCCCAUGGAUAGAUAUACACAGUGUAAGGUGUAUAGAUAAACUCGUGUACUUCUUGUUUUGGGAAUUGAAAUGACGACAUAAUAUAGGGAGAGAGAUUGUGUUCUUGCCUUAUUCGUAUUUUGUAAAAUAAGUAAUUUUGUACUUGUAAUUUUAUGUUCCCAAUGACUGGAGAUGCAGCAUGAAUGGUUCAGAACUUAACAUCGUUGCUGUUUGCAUUCAGACGACAAUAUAUAAAUUUUAUAUUUGAAAUGACUACUCCUCUGGUUUUAAAAGUUGGAUUUCAACUUUUUUAUUUUAUAUAUUUCAGAAUUCUGUAUAUUUUCCAUUUGGUUCGUAUAUCUCUUGAAGCAUCAUGAUUCAUGAUGAGUAUCUAGCCGGUAACAGAAUAAAAUUUGAUACUGUUUGGAUGUAUAUAAUGUCAUUAAAAAGCUCGCAUUAUAAAAUAAAAUAUAGACCUCGUGCACGAUCUCGAGUUGGUAUUUAAUAUUGUCUUCAAAGGUAAUUGUGUUGCAGUGUCUGCAAUAAUACAGAUAUGGAAACGCAGCAAGUGGUUAUAAAUGGAAAAUUCAGCUCAUCUGAUCUCCAACUAACCAAUAGUUUUAAGAGAAAAAGGCAUCAUCAUAGCAUCAUUUGGUCGAAGGAAUGGAAUAAAUAACAAUAUAUGGAUUAGGGUUUAGGAAUUACUUUAGUUCAGGCCGGUUACGGACAAAAUGUUUCAUCUUUUUACGUGUAGCCAACAAACAUGUUUCAAUUUCCCGAAACCCAUCACGUUUUAAGCUUCAUGUAUUUCGAGAGUUCUUGUACAUGUUAUAUACUGGGAGAAUUCUAAUUCCCAAACUCAUUUAUGAAAUAAUAUUACCAAAUAGUAAUAUUUAUCUACCUUGAUGUUUCUCUUGAACUUUAGGUAUAUAGCUAUUUUUCCGAUAAACAAAUCCACAUUAACUAAUUAACCUAUACGUAUCAUUUUAAAUAACUUCUAGUGAGAUAUGUAGAAGAGUUUUGAAAAUGCAAACUUUAAGACUUAAGAGUUUCUAGAUAUUAAAAUUUAGUUUUUCCUUUUUAGAGAUAUGUAGACUAUGAUGUUGCUCAUAUGUAAUAGACAGUUCUGGAAAGGAUCGACCAUAAAAAAACAAUAUCAUGAAAUACAAGAAUUGUACAAGUCGACGUUUGUCAACAAGUUGCGUUUGUUAAUAUAUACUCCAUAGAGAAUUGUUACUAUGAGAUUAGUUUUAAGUUUAACUGAAAGUCGAUCUCAAACAGAACCAAGUGUUGGUCCAUGUCCCCCUCUCUCGGAAACUGGGGUUUUUAGCUUUCUUUUACUAUUGGUGCGCAUUGAACAAAGUGAGUGUGUAUUGGGGUUCAAACCUCCUCCGCCAAUCACUUUUUUCCAAAUAUGGAUUGGUUUGACUCGAAAGUGCUUUUCCAUUUUUGGUAUAAAGAGCCAUUUUCUCUAACGAAAUGCAAAUCUAUUGUUCAAAAAGUUUAGUGUAGAAUAGAUAAAUGAAUCUGGUGAUACAGUAUAAUGAAAACUUUAUUUUUAUGUGACCAAUAAAAUGAAAUGUUGUGGACAUAAAGAUUUAUAUUGUUAUACACUACGUACUGAUUGCCAAGACUGAAUAAAUAUAUAGCAUACUUGUGUCCGUAAACUGAUUCUUUACGCAACAAAUUGAUGAUAGAACAUGCAAGACCCAAUAAAUAAACUACAAAAUUGUAUUCAGGUCCGGUUUAUAUUUCUAUAAAAAAUAUUGUUUUUUUUUAAACAUUUUCGUAUAGCUAUGAGAUUAUCCAAGUGUGUAUCUAAUCUAUUCUACUCGGUCUAGGUCUAGGUUUCGCCUUAAUCCCAGACGGCACGACGAGUCGUCCCACCAAACAUAAACGACACGCUGUGUUUUAUCGAAUUAAAGAAAACGGCAUACAGGUGAAAUCCAGCUUAUGGCAGUUAAAGAGCCAAUAGCUGGCGGCCCACUAAGGCCUAAAAUUAGCCCAUUUUAGUUUCUUCAUCCCAAAAAAAAAAAAAAAAAACAAACCGGAGAAUUACACAGGAAGGAAGGAAGGAUCAGGAAGCUCUGGAGCGUCGUUGUUCAUCAUUGAAGCUUUGAAGAUUCAAAUUCUUUUUUUUUUGUUCAUCGUAGAUCUCGCGUUCUGAAUUGGUUUUGGUGGGAUUGAGAUCACUCUAAUCUUAUUUCCGCUGAGCGUUUCUUGAUAUCUCAAGACUCGGUUCUGAGAUGAAAGUGGUGUAGCAUUUUUCAACGGCUCCAAGAAAAUGAGUUCAACUGCUUCAAGUCCCCAAAGAGUCCUGCAACCAGGUGGUUAUAAUGGUAAUGACUCUCGAAGUAGCAGCACUUCUAGUUCCUUUCUGCGUCCAGAGUUAGAAUCAACUGAAACCGAAGAAGCAGAGCUAGUUUCUGUGUCUUGGAACCAGGACUCCAGUUGUUUCGCUGCUGGAACAAGUCAUGGUUUCCGCAUAUACAACUGUGAGCCUUUCAAAGAAACUUUCAGACGCGACCUGAAGAACGGUGGUUUCAAAAUCGUUGAGAUGCUUUUCCGGAGCAACAUCUUGGCCCUUGUUGGCGGUGGACCUAACUCUCAGUACCCUUCGACCAAAGUCCUGAUCUGGGAUGAUCACCAGAGCCGCUGCAUCAGUGAAUUUUCUUUUAGGUCUGAGAUUCGUGCGGUGAAGUUAAGUAGGGAUUGGAUUGUUGUUGUUCUUGAGCAUAAGAUAUAUGUCUACAGUUUCGUGGACCUGAGGCUUCUUCUUCAGAUUGAAACUCACGCGAAUCCGAGAGGAUUGUGCUGCCUUUCUCAUCACUCGGAUACAUCUGUCUUGGCUUGCCCUGGUUUACUUCGAGGAGAGAUUCGAGUUGAGCAUUUUGGGCUUAACAUGGUGCAAACCAUAAAUGCGCAUGACGCUAGUAUUGCGUGCAUGACCUUGACGCUUGAUGGUCUGUUGCUGGCAACUGCUAGUACAAAGGGGACACUGAUUAGAAUCUUCAACACAAUGGACGGAACUCGUUUGCAAGAGGUAAGAAGAGGAGUGGACAGAGCAGAUAUUUAUAGCAUUGCACUUUCACCAAACGUGCAGUGGCUGGCAGUAUCAAGCGACAAGGGGACUGUUCAUAUUUUCUCUCUUAGAGUUAGGGUAGUUGGGGAGGAUUCUCAAUCCAGUGAAAAUGCAGCUCUCCUGACACAAGGAACUUAUUCUAAUUCUCUGCAAGGCCUUGUUUCUCCAGCCACUGGUACCAAUCCCGGUUCAUCAUUGUCUUUUAUGAGAGAGUCUUUGUUGCAGGUGUUCUACCAAAGUAUUUCAGCUCGGAGUGGUCAUUUGCACAGUUCCAUGUAUCAGAAGUCACACAAUUCUUCGCUGCAUUUGGCAGUCACAACACAGUUGCUAUCACCGGCAUGGAUGGAAGUUUCUACAGAUGCAGCUUUGAUCCUGUGAAUGGGGGAGAGAUGGUGCAGCAAGAAUAUAUCUGCUUUCUAAAGACAGAUAACCCCCCAAGAUAAGCCAAAUUCAUUUAAGCCUUUGUACAUAACCAUGUCUAUGUAAAUAGAUUUGGUUGAGACUGCAUAAGAUUUGAUUCAUUGAAUAUCUGCUACUUCGAGUGAAGGACCUGCAUUAUAUUGAUUGGGACUAUGUACAUAGCUACAUAUCAAGAUUUAUACAUAGCUACAAUGUUUUAGAUAA